AUGGGUCGAAGCGUUUUGCUCGCCCUCACGUGGGCGACUGUGCUGCUGCACGUCUUUGCAGGUACUGCUGUCAGGGGGACUGGAGCGCGGCUCGCACGUGUAGAAGGUGUAGUCGUCCGCGACGAUGAUCAAGUCCAACAAGUUCCGUCAGUCAAUGUGGCGGCGGUGGAAAUUGAAGCGGCUCGGGUCAUCGUCGACAAUGCCAUCAAGGAGAUGUCGAAACUGAACAAGGCGCGACUGGACAACCCCGCUCGGAACAAAUACACUCUCAAGCCUUCAACCUUGGGCCGCAAGAGGGACGGCUCGACGGACUCGGCACCUCCCUUACUGGACAUCACGUCGGAAAUUGCUCGUGCCGCGGCGUUGAUUGCCAAUGUGGAUGCUUCCAGCGACACAUCGCCGUCAUCAGUCACGGUCCCAAAGCGUGAUGGCAGAUUCUGGAUGGAAGGUCUGGACCGAAAAGGAACGGUUCCUUGGGGCAACGAUACCACCUACAAAUUGUUUCGCAACGUCGUUACCGACUACGGCGCUGAUCCCACAGGCAAAACGGACUCAACUGCCGCCAUCAAGAAAGCCAUCACCGACGGUAAGCGUUGCGGAGCAAAGUGCAACGGCUCCACGACCAAGACCGCCAUCGUAUACUUCCCACCAGGCACAUAUCUCAUUUCCAGCAGCAUCGCAGUGCUCAUUGGCACGCAAAUCAUUGGCGAUGCGAAUUUCUGGCCUGUCCUCAAGGCCGCCCCAAGCUUUGUUGGUCUCGGUGUCUUGUCCACGGAUGUGUACGUCGGUGGCAAGGGGCCGGAUGGCAACGACAAUGAGUACUACAUUAACACUUCGCGAUUCUACGGUCAAAUUCGCAAUAUCCGCAUCGACAUCACAGCAACGAACCCCACCGCAUACAUUUGUGCUGUCCACUAUCAGGUCGCGCAGGCAACGACGAUCCAGAAUGUCGAGCUCAUUGCGAAGACGGGGACGACUCAACAGGGCAUGUUUGCUGAGAAUGGAAGCGGUGGUGUCAUGUCCGAUGUGACGUUUACAGGCGGAAAUUUCGGGUUCUACGGUGGGAACCAGCAGUUCAGCGCUGCGCGAAUGACGUUUAACGGCUGCAAAACGGCUGCCCAGAUUACAUGGGACUGGGGCUGGGUAUGGAAGUCGGUGAAGGUGAACGGCGCCGAUGUCGGCUUCCGGCUCGUUGGUGCCGACGGCAACAACCAGGUGGCAUCCAUUUCGUUUAUCGACUCGACCUUUUCCAACAUCAACACCUCGGCAAUCAUUGUCAAGGCGCCCUCGGAAGCACCCGGAGCGGGAGACGCUGGCCUUGUCCUCGACAACGUCCGACUAGACGGCAACAUCGCCGAUCAUACGGGCAAGCAGCUGCUUGCGGCCGGCUACCACAGGAACUGGGUAAUUGGUCCCGUUUACCAGAAUGGCACUCGGACUUGGACGAUGGGCUCGGUAGAGUACCGUCGCAAGAAGGCGCUGCUCGGCGAGGCCGUGGAAGGCCUAGAAGUUGCCCCCUAUUUCGAGCGUCUUAGGGCGCAAUAUGAAGACAAGACUGUCGCCGAUUUCGUGCACCUCAAGGAUGGCGGGGCGAAGGGAGACGGCACUACCGAUGACACAGCUGCUGUACAGCAGACCUUCGACCAGUAUGGCGACGGGAGUAAGGUCAUCUUCGUCGACUCCGGCACUUACAUCUUGACGGAUACGGUAACUAUACCGAAGAACGCCAAGGUCGUUGGCGAAGCAUGGGCACAGUUUGCGGCCAAUGGCGACAAGUUCUCUGAUCCAUCAAACCCGCGUCCGAUGCUGAAAGUAGGCAACGUCGGUGAUGUGGGCUCAGUUGAGAUACAGGAUCUCAUCCUCACAACCAAGGGUGGCACUGCAGGAGCCGUCCUCAUGCAAUGGAACGUCAAGGCCAGCGGUCCCGGCGCCGCAGCCCUAUGGGAUGUCCAUGCCCGCGUCGGCGGAGCGACCGGCACUGAGCUAACACCAAGAGAAUGCCCGGCCAUCAAAACCGGCACGAAUCCGGAUAGCUGCAAAGCUGCCAGUCUCUUGUUCCACUUGACUUCGAAAGCAUCGGCGUAUCUCGACAACAUGUGGCUUUGGGUCGCCGACCACAUGGCAGAUGACGAGGACCUCAACUCGGCGGUCAACGACAACCCCCAGGUGUCCGUAUACAGCGCCCGAGGCUUCCUUAUUGAGAGUAAGGGACCAACCUGGCUAUACGGCACAGCCUCCGAACAUAGCGUCUACUAUCAGUACAACUUUUACAAGGCAAGGAAUGUUUUCACCACGAUGAUACAAACCGAAGCGCCGUAUUACCAGCCGACCCCUCCACCUCCUGCGCCGUUCCAGAACGACGUCGGAAAGUUCCCCGGCGACCCAAGCUACGCCUGUAAUGAUACGGCAAUCGGCGGGUGCGACGAGUCUUGGGCAGUCAUGAUGCAGGGCUGCCAGAACGUGCACAUCGGCGGAGCAGGCACAUACUCGUGGUUCAGCACGUACGGCCAGGAGUGUGUGUCCAAGCACACCUGUCAAAAGACUCUCUGGUGGCUCCACAGCAACUACGAUAACAAUCGCGUGCAGCACAUCAUUGGAAUCGGCGCGGAGAACGUGUUGGUGACAGACGGCGAGGUGGUGCGUUCGGUGGAUAACCUUGGGACGACCAGCGGCGUGCAGUGGGCGCAGAUCUCCGUCUUCGAUGUGCCGUCCAAAGGCAGAGCACCUGGUACCUGCCGUCAGCAGCUUGUAUGA